UUGAUUCAAUAAUCGAAUUAUCAACAUGUACAUUUACAUUUUUCUAAUGUAUUUGAAUAUAUAUAUGCGUGUUUCUGAUGUCUGCUGCGGUUUAUGUCAUAUAAGUUUGAAAGCCAGAUCAAAAGUUGCCGACUGUUCUUCGAGAGGACUUAUAACUGUUCCAAUGGAUUUACCAGAUGAUAUAGUCAAAAUAGAUCUAAGACGCAAUUCAAUCGUCAAUAUACCAGCAAAAGCAUUCAUGCGUUAUCGGUCUUUGCGUGUAUUAAUUCUUGAUGAAAACAAGAUUUCAUAUUUAAAGGAAAAUACCUUCGCAGGGCUUGCAAAGUUAAAUCAGCUGUCAAUGCUGGAUAACAAUCUUGAUCUAAAUGCAUCGUAUCAUUUCAACAUAUUUUCGCCACUCGUAUCCUUGAAAAUUCUAAAUAUCGAGAGAAAUAUGAAUAAAAAAAAUGGAGGGAAAGUGUUCUAUCCAUUCUUUGGUGAACUGUGUAAUCUUUCCGUUUUGGCACUGGACUUAUCAAUGAAUCCCGUAUUUACGAUGAGUGGUUUGAAGACACUAGCAAAUUUAAAUACUCUGGUGUUUGACUUUUGUUAUUUGGAUAAAAUGACCAACAAAACAUUUGUAGACAUGCCAGCAACAAUUAACAACAUUACUUUCACUGGAUGUAGAAUUCUCGCAGUUGCAGAAGCUAACUUUCUUAGACCUUUUCAUUCUUUACAACGCCUACUGCUUGAACGAGUGUGCAUUGAAUUUGAAUCUGCUUUAAACAUUUUGUACCCGUUCAAAAACAAAACCAUGGAAGAGAUAAAUUUCAAAGAAGUUAAUCCUGGAUUUUGUGAUGGAGAAGUUAGAUCUCCAAAUGCUGUGAUUAUAACUGCUAAUAUGAUGAGGUAUUUACAAAAUAUUUGUGUCCGAAAACUGUUGAUGAUAAAAAUUGGUAUUGUUGAUUUCAAACCACAUUCACUUCUAUUUUACAAUCAUCCGGAAUGUUUUAAAGUCAUGGUAUUUUCUGGAAAUAGAUUUUCAAUCAUGAAUGGAUUCAAAAUAAUGGAGUUGAUUACUCUAAGUAAACAACUAACUAGUCUUUCAAGAUUUCAAUUGUCCGGUAUUCUUGAAUCAAGUUCUUCUCUCCAUGAAAGUACUGCUUUGUCAGGGAUUAGAACAGAAUGCUUAGAAGGUGAAUUAAAUAACUUUUCGAUGUUUAAAAAGAGUAGAACAGAUGCAAUUCAAGUUACUGUUCCAUUCCCGCAAAACCUAAAAUCCUUAAUGUUGAGCAAUUUCGUUGGAGUUGAAGGUACUGUACCACAAACAAUUAAAUUCAAUAAUAUCAGCAGCUUGAUUGAACUUGAUCUAUCAUAUUUCAGAAUGAACUAUUUUCCGGAAGUUUUGUUUACUGGUACAAAUAAAUUAAAAUAUGUAGACCUGUCUGGAAUUGAUUCUACUUUGUAUUCAGGAAGAAAAAACAUUCCGUUGUUAAAAAGAAUAAAGGAAAUAAAAUUAAGACAUGCAAGGAUUGGGUUAACUUUUAAAAGUGGUAGCCGCAUUUUCAGCCUUGUACCAGCGAUAACAAAGCUUGAUAUUUCGUAUAACUUUCUACGAUAUGUACCAAACGACGCUUUCAAAUCUAACAGUAACCUGUUGAUUCUUAAUAUGGGCUACAAUUCGUUUCUUGAAAUACCAAUAGCUGUCAUGACAUUGUCGAAGCUUAGUCAUCUAAAUUUGAAUCACAAUAAUCUCCAAACAAUAAACGUAACAUUACGAAAUUGGUUUGAUAUUCAGAAUAAACGAGUAAAAACAAAACUAACAUUGCAUUUGGUUGGAAAUGUUUUUAAGUGCACUUGCGAAAACUCUGAUUUUAUUUUGUGGCUUUUUCAUACAAAGAUUGUAUUUGACAAUAAAAACAUAACAUUUAAGUGCUCCUUGGUAAAUGGAACCAUAACAAAUACAAGAAAAGUUUAUGAAGAAUUCCAUCAACUUUUUAGUCAUUGUGAAAGUGAAAUUUGGCUACGUGUUGGGGUUUGUUUGUUGGUUGGAUUCAUCGCAUUGACUUUACCAAUUGCAGUUCUAGUUAACUUUAGGUGGAGAAUAGCUUAUUACAUAUACCGUACAUUCAAAACAGUUGUCGAAAAGAAUAUGAAAUCUAAAUUUAGAUACGAUAUUUACUUAUCAUGUGCAGAUGAUUGUUUGGACUGGGUAAAACACACAUUGAUUCAAAAACUUGAAAAAUCAUGGAAAAUGUCCGUGUGUAUAGAGGAUCGAGAUAUUUUAGCUGGAAAUAUUCGAGCCGAUGCAAUUUUACAGUGCAUCCAGGAAAGCCGAAACAUUAUAUUCAUCAUUUCUGAAGCAUUCAGUGAUAAAAUUUGGGGAGAUUUCGAGAUUCACAGAGCUAAGUACGAGAAAUAUACCAGAAACCUAAACAAAAUCAUUGUUAUAACAAGAAAUGUUAGUGUAAAUAAGUUUCCUUCGGAGCUUGGCUUAAUUAUCAAUGAUGUGGUACUACUUGAUUGGUCGGACGAGGAAAGUGAUAAUGUGUGGGAUAAAUUGCGAAUGGCUCUUUUUUCAGAAUAUGUAUGAAAUUAGUUUUGUUUAAGUAUAUUAGUUAUAUUAUAUAAGAAACAAUAAAAGACAUGUAAAUAGAAAAAAUAAAACAUAUUGAUCUACAAAUGUAUUGAUCCAGUUUAAUUAAAUAUUUUAUAGAAGAGGGGCAAAA